AUGAUUUUGACUCUGCUCUUCUUCUUCGGGGACGCCGUCUUUCGCUUCCUCAGAUACCGCCACUACACGGUCGACAUCAUGUACCUGUGGGCAGAAGUAGUGCGAGACAACCCGCAGAGCAUAGCCGAGUUUUGGCUCUUCAUCUCGAUCUUCGCAAGCUGUGAGGAGGCGGCACAGCUGGGCAAUGUAGCUCAGCGGGGUGGUUUGCGGACCCAGACGCUUGCCACACCCCUCACCACGACCAACACGAUCCUCAUCGGCGUGUCAAUCGGAGUCUACGGCGUGAUGACCGUGGCUGGAAUCUACGAGACAACCAUCGCGCUGAGCUUCAACAUCGCCGACGACGCCAAGUAUCACAGUGGCAUCCACAAGUACCGGAGAUACUGGACUGUCCUGAUCGUGGCAUUCCUCGCCUGCUCGAUGCUGGGGCUGGCCUUCGUCAUGGUCUUCGACUGGUUCAACAUGGAACCGUACGACCUGUUCAGCAUGAUCUACGCCAUUGUCUACGCUGCCACCACGGCCGUCAUGCUUUUCUGCAUCGCUAGCCUGAUUAAGAUUCAGAAUCCAAUGGCGGACGAGGAGCCGUCGUAG